GGCUCAUCGUUGGGGUGAUCCUGAGGUAUGGCACCCCUGCCACCAGUGGCCGUGACAAGUCACUCAGUUGCACUCAGGAAGACAGGGCUUUCAGCACCUUAUUAGUGAAUGUCAGUGGGAAGUUCUUUGAAUAUACCUUGAAAGGAGAAAUCAGCCCUGGCAAGGUCAACAGUGUGGAGCAGAAUGACAUGCUGCGCAAGGUAACAUUUGAUCCAGAGGUAUUUUUCAACAUUCUGCUGCCUCCAAUUAUUUUCCAUGCUGGAUAUAGCUUAAAAAAGAGACACUUUUUCAGAAAUCUUGAUUCUAUUCUAGCCUAUGCCUUCUUGGGGACUGCUGUUUCCUGCUUCAUCAUUGGCAAUCUGAUGUAUGGUGUUGUGAAGCUCAUGAAGAUUGUGGGACAACUCUCAGACAAAUUUUACUAUACGGAUUGUCUUUUUUUUGGAGCAAUUAUCUCUGCCACUGACCCAGUGACAGUGCUGGCAAUAUUUAAUGAAUUGCAUGCAGAUGUGGAUCUUUAUGCACUUCUGUUUGGAGAGAGUGUCCUGAAUGAUGCCGUUGCCAUUGUCCUAUCCUCGUCUAUUGUUGCCUACCAGCCAGCGGGUUUGAACACACAUGCUUUUGAUGCUGCAGCCUUUUUCAAGUCAGUUGGCAUUUUUCUAGGUAUAUUUAGUGGUUCUUUUACCAUGGGAGCUGUGACUGGCGUUGUGACUGCUCUAGUGACCAAGUUUACCAAGCUGCACUGCUUCCCCCUGCUGGAGACAGCGCUCUUCUUCCUCAUGUCCUGGAGCACAUUUCUACUGGCAGAAGCCUGUGGAUUUACAGGUGUUGUAGCUGUCCUUUUCUGUGGCAUCACACAAGCUCAUUACACCUACAACAAUCUGUCAGUGGAAUCAAGAAGUCGAACCAAGCAGCUUUUUGAGGUGUUACACUUCCUGGCAGAGAACUUCAUCUUCUCCUACAUGGGCCUGGCGCUCUUUACCUUCCAGAAGCAUGUUUUCAGCCCCAUUUUCAUUAUUGGCGCUUUUGUUGCCAUCUUCUUGGGCAGAGCUGCACAUAUCUACCCACUCUCCUUCUUCCUCAACUUGGGCAGAAGGCAUAAAAUUGGCUGGAAUUUUCAACACAUGAUGAUGUUCUCAGGCCUUAGGGGAGCAAUGGCAUUCGCAUUGGCCAUCCGUGACACAGCAUCCUAUGCUCGCCAGAUGAUGUUCACAACCACCCUCCUCAUCGUCUUCUUCACUGUCUGGAUCAUUGGUGGAGGCACGACGCCCAUGUUGUCUUGGCUUAAUAUAAGAGUUGGUGUUGACCCAGAUCAAGACCCACCACCCAACAAUGACAGCUUUCAAGUCUUACAAGGGGAUGGUCCAGAUUCUGCCAGAGGAAACCGGACAAAGCAGGAGAGUGCAUGGAUAUUUAGGCUGUGGUACAGCUUUGACCACAACCCAUCCUCACACACAGUGGCCCCCCACUAACCACAACUCUCCCUGCCUGGUGUGGCUUGCUAGCUCGAUGUCUGACCAGUCCCCAGGUGUAUGAUAACCAAGAGCCGCUGAGAGAGGAAGACUCGGAUUUCAUCCUGACUGAAGGUGACCUUACCUUGACCUAUGGGGACAGUACAGUGACUGCCAAUGGCUCCUCAGGCUCCCACACAGCCUCCACGAGUCUUGAGGGUGGUCGGAGAACAAAGAGCAGCUCUGAGGAAGUGUUGGAUCGAGACCUGGGAAUGGGAGACCAGAAGAUCUCGAGCCGGGGCACACGUCUGGUGUUCCCUCUGGAGGAUAACGCAUGACCUUCCCCACAAACCCAGAGAAAUGGGGGAGGCCCCCAGUGGGGUGAGGCUGGCUGCAAGCCCCCUUAUGUUUGAGAUGGGGCUUGGACUGAACUGAAUUAAUGCUUCUAUUUUAUUGGGAUCUGAAACUAUCUUGACACCUAAAAUUUAACCCAAUACAGAUGGUGAGGCUACAGUGUCUCUAAAUGAAGACAAAUGCAGACCUAGUCCCACUUUUUCACAUAGUAGUGCGCUGUUUCAGAGUUAAACACACAAAAUAAGCAUGCUUUAAUGGUCUCUUACUUCAUUCACCUGCAGUAUCUGAAUAAGGUGGAGCAGGUGUUGGGGAUUCCUCCCAUGAGAGGCUUCAUCUCAGCACAUAGCAGUGCAAGUUGAGCUGGCUGUAGAAACAUCAAGUUAAGGAGAUGAGCUAGAAGAAAGAUCUCAAAGGAAAGCAAUUGAGGUUGGCUCUCAAAGAUUUUGUGGGAAACUGGUGUUAAACAGGACAGAAAAUAUGAGAGAGCAAUCUGAGUGGGAGCUCUGGCAAGGAAGGCUGGGUGACUGCAAUGUCAUUUCAGGAUCCCUGGCCUUUUAUACUACCUGUGUUUCUUUGAGGCUGAAGAUUAGGAAAUAUAUCCAUGAACAUUUCAGCCUGGGGGAAAGAUAGUUCCCUCUCUGGAAAUCUCCAUAAAGAAGAUAUUAUUGCAGUGUUUAAAACCAAAGGCUGACAGUGUUAUGCUGUUGGUUUUUUAAUUAAUCUGAGGGCAGGAGGUAUUUAGAAACUAAUGAUACUGCAGAAGUCAUUCAACUUGUGAGAUCUAUCCUAAGAGCUGACAGCCUGGGAAAUGAUUAAUAGGAUUGAGGUAUCUACUAUGGGUUUAGAAAUAACACUCAAAUGUGUGGGAUGUUUUGGGGGAAUAAAAGGCAGCAAGAAACCUAAGAGGCAAUAGUAAAAUAGAAAGAAAGCUCAGUGCAAAAAAAAAAUUAGCUUCAAAGAAAAUACAAGGUAGUACUUUUAAGACUGAAUAUAAUUCCAAACUUCUUGCUGAUGAAUGCAUGAGAUUUCAAUGGUCACAUAAGCAAUCAGCAGUGAGUCAGUGGACCAUUAAGCAUUAUUCCACUCAGUAGAAGGUUCUGUUUCUGUAAGAUUAGGAGUCUAGGUGUCUACACUGCUCAAUGCCAUGCAGAGAAGGGUCAUUUUCAUGGUAAAGGAAGAGGCUGUUGUACCAGCUUGGUAACUAGGUGUGGUUUUAAAUUGAGGUUUUGAGUUUGGGUUCUUUCUGAGUGAGCUCUUCUACCUGCCCACACCUGUAGUAGGUCCAAUACAAGAGAACACUUAGAAAAAGUUUUGAGUUUUUCUCCGUAUCUCUAUGCUUCAGUGCUAGCAUUUUUAUCAACUCAGCUUCUAAAAAGUGCUUUCAUAACGUGGACUUUUUUUUUAUUAUGGAAGACAAAGUCUCAGUCUAGUAUUCCCAUAAUUAAAUUAGCCACUUAAUCUUAACUCUUUUUUUUUUUUUUUUUUGAGACAGGGUCUCACUAUGUUACCUGGCUGGCCUUAUACUUGGAAUUCUGCUGCCUCAGCCUUCUGAGUAACUGGGAUUACAGGCAUGAGCCACCAUGCCUAGCUCAACUCACAUUUUUAAUGGUUAAUUUUUAAGGAAGACAUUGCUUCACAACCUUAUGUUUGAACUAAUCACUUGUGCCAAUCAGGAAACAUUAGGUUGAGCCAUAUGAAAUUGCUGGUAUUCAACCUUUUUUUUUUAAAAAAAAAAAAACAUACAUGGCAAUAUCAUACGGUUCAGUAUAAAAUAACUGACUUUUUAUUCACCUCUUCCUGUCUGUAUAAAGUCUAUUUGGAUUUUAUGAUCAUCCAUGGGUUUUUGUAAGUUUGGAAAAAAGCUAAAUAAUGGACCUAUGAGGCCUCAGGGUUACUAGGCUUGUGAAGGACUUAAGAAGGCCCACACCACAUAGCCAGAGAAAGAGAUUUCCUAGAAACCCCUGGAAGGGAGUUUUUCAUGUUAUGCAGACAGCAACUUGCAGGCAUGGCAGAAGGCUGAAGGUGUGCGGUAUGUUCUCAGAUCUACCAGCCCAAGAGUUCUUAUCAACUUUAAAAUGAGGCUUUCUUGUUUAUUUUGGAUUUCUGGAAGGCUGGUUGGCUCUUUGGUUGGGUCUUUAUAAAGCCUUGCAUAUCUCUUAUGUCAUUUACUUACUUUUGGAGAGAAAACAUUAACAGAAAAACACUGAUGAAUGGUUCUUAAAGAGCCAGUCAGGUAGGAUGCAUUAUUGUUUUCAUUAACAUCAAGAUUUUGUUUUAAUUUUGGUUUUCUAGGAAGCUUGCAGAAGAUAAGAAAUUGCAAACCUCUUGGAGCAGAAAAAUAACCACUGAGUUUCCCAUCUUAGUUUUAGGUCAAUUCACAGAUUAUUGUUUUCCCCUAAAAGGCCUUAGAGUCCUCAUCACAAAUAUUUUAUUCUGACCUACUUAAAUGUACAUAAAUGGAGAUUUGCCAAGACCAAAAUUAGAGUUGUAAUUAUUUGACUAGAGCUCUUAUUCAGUGGACUGAAGUAAGUCACUGGUCCUAAUUUUUGUUUGCAAGAUGUGGAGAAUAACCCUGACUUUAGGGUUCCUAGGAAAGUGAAUCUAUUCUCAAAAUGGCUCUACAUCUAUCAGCAUUAUUUCUAUGCUGCAUGGCAAAAAGUAAGGUACCACAGAGCCCGGAACACAUCCAACUCAAGGCCAACUAUUUGCUGCCAGUCAAAUUGGGGCUGCUAAGUGAUGGGGCAUUCACCCAAACCAAGUUCUCCUGAGAGUAAAUCCAAGUCAUCUUAUACAUAUCUGUUCCAGGCUAGGGGGAUGACAGUUUAGCAGAGCUGGAUGUUCUAGAGCAGAAGUUAUCAGCUUGGCUUGCAUUAGGAUUACCUAUCCAGUUUUUUGUUUUAUUUUUGUGUUUUAUUUUAUUUUAUUUAUUUUUUUUAUCGCUACAAAGGACCUUACCUUCAGAGAUUCAGAUUCAGUAGCUUUGGGUGGGGCCUGGCCUCCAUGUUUUGUUUUGGAACCUCAGGAGUUCUGAAUAUACCAGGGUUGAGAGUCUUUAGGAGCCAAAGUUCUAUUUGGAACCUUAUUUAGAAGAAUAGCCUAGCAAGUUAAGGGUUUGGUUGUGUUAAAUUGUGAGUCAUGUAUAACAGAGUUUUGAUCAAUAAUACAAGUCUGGACAGUUGCGAGAAUUUCAUGCUAAACUUUGCUGAACUCAAAACAUACUUCAAAAAGUAUUACAGACAAGGUCGUGUUUUUGUAAACAUUGGCACCUUCAAGGAGAAGGAUGACUUGAGUAUAUGUAUGGGGAGAAUUUAAAACCUGUCAUCAUCAUUCCCAUUCUUGGAGGAAUGAGAGUAGUCUUAAUUGCUGACUAAUCAGACAUGAUUUCUGGGAAGCUAUCUUCUCAGUUUAACCUGGAAUUAAAUUAAUAGUCCCCUUUUCAGUUAGACUUUCUCUUAAGUUGUUCCUGUGCCUGAGUCUACAUUGGAUUUCUCAGAAUAAAGAGGGGCCCAUUUUCUGCCAGAGCAGAAUAGAAGGUUAUGAUUUCUUUGCUGUUACCUGGCUGUGAUUGUGUCGGUGGCAGGGUAUUAAGGAGAUGCUGACUGUAGUACAACACUGACAGAAGACAAAAACGUCUGUCAUUCCUUUUAAUGCUCUUUUUGGAGAACUUCCAUGGAACCUAAACUUUCUCUCCUAGAAAAGGAAAUUUGGAAUUUAAAUAAGGCUGCAUUUCUUCAUAGGAAAUAAGCACAGGGAGGACAUAUGGACUCUGUUCACCCAGGGUACUUACUGGGGUGACCAGACAAAGAAGCAUUGAUGCCUUGAAGCCAAAAAUCACACUGUGACAUCAAAUGUUUUAUCAAACAAAUAGCAAGGAGCUCUUUGGGCUAUGUCCUUUAGACCCAAAAAAUGUCCUCUGUUUGGAUGACAAAUGAAAUCUCUUUAGAAAACAUGCAAAUGUUAUCUCAGCUAUCCAUGAACAUUUCAGUCCAUGGCAAAGAAUAAGCAGUUCCUUUUAAAACUGAGGUCAGCUUCAUGUCAAGCCCCCCUUCCCACCCCUGCCCCAUCAUAUUUCCCUUUCUUUGUCUGCAGUGAAAGUUAAUGUAAUCAUGUCAGCUAUUUAAUGUGGAUAAGUGACUUCCAAAUAUGGAAAUACCAUCAGUGCCCUUGGGAAAGAACAGCGGCUUGGUGUUGGAGUAACUCAUCAGAGGUGAAAACCAUCCACUGGGAAACCUACCUUGUACCCAUUGUGAGUUCUAAGAGGUUUAUCAGAAAGCUGAUUUGACCAUCUGCUAUAAAAUAUGAUCCAGAAGGAGGGCUGCCAGCAAGUCAACUUGCUGAUCCAGUAAGUAUAGGACUUCCUCAGAAGUGAGGAUCUUGACAAGGUUCUCACCUGCCUUUUGAUGCUGAUUCUGUAGAUUAGAUAGUAUAGGAAGGAGUCUGUCAGAUAUAAUGGUAUCACUGAGUCCUGAUCUCUUCUGUUAUUUUGUAAAUGAAUCUGGCUCGCCAGUGUCCAUUGCUGUGUUCUGAUACAGUAAGUAGGAGGAAGCUAGUGGCCAAGAGUUGUCUGUAGUUGAGAAACAACGCAUCUGAAUGCUGCUUUCACUACUUUGACACCUGAAAAGACCUUCCCCCUUUCUAAAACCUAACAAAAACAUAAGAGGAAAUACUGUAGAAAUUAAUGCUAGUGUCCAACUAGGAAAAGCAAGUAACCUGUUGGACAAUCCUUUCAAAACAAGACCUAGAAAGAAACUAUUUUUUUCCAGUUUCAAUUUUCAUAGACAUUUUGAAAGAUUAACACAUAUGUCUUGUCAUCCAGUGCUAUCAAAGACUAUAAAAAGAAAAACCAAAGUUUUGGAUGUUACUUUUAUUUUCUAAGCAGGGUAUACUAUAACCAUUGCCCAUAUGGAAUGCACGGGCAGCCAGCUUUGUGCUACCUGAGCCUGGCCAAGAUGAGAAGGAAAGUCUCUGUAUUUUGCUGCCUUUUGAGAAGAUCUGAAGCAGUGAUGGGAGCACAUGGCAGCUGUCACCUUCUCAUUCUGAUGGCCACCUUUUAAAAGGGGUUAACAGAAUUUCCAAAUAUCAUGGUUGAGUCUCAACUCUUGGCCAGAGGAAAACUUUUGGCCUGUAUAUGUCAGAGGAACUCAGAAAAGGACUUGGAAACAACAUGAAGAACUCGACAUGUACUGUGUAAAGCAUUUUAAGUUAGGAUCCAGGUGUUAACUGAAUAACUAACUGCAUGGACAUUUGACAUCUGGGGCUGACUUUUGUAGUGAUUAUUCCAGUUGUGGGCCUUGAAGAAGCAGAGGAAUGCUUUUUGGUUGUGUAGGUGUUAUGUAUGGAUUUGGAAUUUACCACUGAAAUCACUCAUUCAAAUGUGACUUCGUAGUAGAGUCAGCUUCUCCUACGUUGUCUUUUUAUUUUUUACAUCAAAUAUAUCUGUUACUUCUUACUUGGGAAGUUUUACUACGUCCAUUAUAGUGGUUAAAUGGGAAGACUGCUAAGAUUCAUUUAAUAGUUGGAAUGCAGUUUUUAAAAAAUGAAUAGGAUGAAUUUAACAAGGAAUGAUGUGACUUUCUGGGAACUUUUUAUAGAGCUUAUUACAUACUGUGAUUGGAGAGAAUUUUGCCUUCUACUUCCAUUCAACAGUAGCAAACUGGUGGUUUUAUAAAAUUAAUAUUGUACUAUGUUCUAUAAACAUAUUAAAUGACAUUAAAGUAUGUUAUAACUGUGAAAAAGUAAAGACUUGGAACUAUCCGCAACCUUUAUGUGCAAUAAAGAAAACUGCAGGUAGGCCCCCAAAGUGCUAACUUUCCCUUACAUUUAACUUAAUGUUUGCCUUUGUGUGUAUGUUUAGAUUGCUAUUGUAAAGCUGGCCACAUGUUUUCCAGCCCUUUACCGAUAUUUAACACAUUUUCUCAAAGCUUUUUUUUUUUUUUUAACAAAACUCAAAAUAAAAAGAUUAACUGGC